UCUGGGUAAACUUGCUAAGUAAGUGAACUGCAGUUUAUUUCACACUGCUACACUUAUUUUCCAUUUUCAGCAUGAGGGCUGCAGGGUUAAAAAAGCCUGCCCUGAUAUUGGGGGGCUUUGGACUGUUUUUUUGCUCUUGGAUGUUUCUGAAACCUGGAUAUGAGCAACACUUGGACAGUAACAAAGAGCUGUCAACCUCUCGUCUCACCAAGAGUUUUUCUGACCUAGAGGAAAGCAUCAACAGACUGAACACUUUCCUCAUAGCUUUUGACAAAAAGCAGGAUAUCAUGAAUAAAAUACUAGAAGAGAACAGAGACAGACAGAGGAAAGCAGAAGAAGGGAAGAAGAACCAACCUGAAGGGAAGCUAGAGAAGGAAAUAGCAGCAAAAGGGCAAAAAUUGUUCCCUACAUCAGCUUUGUUUAAGGAGUGGGGGGCGAAUCUGUCAGAAGACGAGCAAAGAGAAGCCCAGGGAUUGUUUGAAAAAUAUGGAUACAAUGUGUUCCUCAGUGACCGUCUUCCUCUUGAUCGAGUUCUUCCAGAUACCAGGGACAAAGGGUGCUUAAAAAAGACAUACCCGAAGGAGCUACCGACUAUUGGAGUGGUGCUGAUCUACCUGAACGAAGCCCUAUCUGUCCUGAAAAGAGCUCUGCGCAGCAUCAUAGACCGCACCCCUAAAUACCUACUGAAGGAGAUAAUAAUGGUGGAUGACAACAGCUCAAACGAGGAUUUGAAGGGGGACCUUGAAAUGUACUUGAAGACACUUGAGCAGCAGAACCCAACCCUUAAAAUUACCAGAGUGCGGCACAAUGAGCAGCGAGGGCUCGCUUUUGCAAGGGCUUCUGGGUGGAGGGCUGCUACAGCUGAUGUGGUGGCCAUAUUAGACGCCCAUAUCGAAGUCCAUGAGAUGUGGGCUGAGCCCCUUCUGACACAGAUCAAAAAAGAUCGAACUGUGGUGGUGUCUCCUGUGUUUGACAGAGUCAACUUUGAUGACCUUAAGGUUAUUCAGUACCUCCCUGCUGCUCAUGCCUUUGACUGGGCAUUGUGGUGCAUGUACGAGGGCUUCACACCUGAGUAUUACAAACUCAAUGAUGCCUCACUGCCUGGAAAGAGUCCGUCUGUCAUGGGGAUCCUAGUCGCCGAGAGAAAGUUUCUUGGAGAAAUCGGGGUUCUUGAUGAAGGAAUGAAGGUGUACGGGGGAGAAAAUGUUGAGCUGGGAAUACGAGUGUGGACAUGCGGAGGAAGUAUUGAAGUAGUUCCAUGCUCAAAGAUCGCCCACAUUGAAAGAUAUCAUAAGCCCUACAUGCCAGACCUUGGCCCUGCCAUGAAGAGAAAUGCCCUGAGGGUUGCAGAGGUGUGGAUGGAUGAAUAUAAGCACAACGUCAACUUGGCUUGGAACAUACCAUUUGAGAACCAUGGAAUUGACAUCGGAGACGUGACCGAGAGGAAGAAGCUCAGAGAGAGGCUGAACUGCAAACCUUUUAAAUGGUACAUUGAAAAUGUGUAUCCCAAGCUGGACCCUUGGGACAACCUGCUUGCUUACGGAGGAAUGACGAAUCUUGAUACCAAAAUGUGCAUAGAUCAAGGCCCUGUGCCUGGUCACACACCCAUUGCCUACCAGUGCUUCUACUACGGACCUCAGUACACAUAUUAUCGUUCAAGUGGUGAGCUCUAUGUUGGCGGCAUUAAGUCCCACAAGUACAACGACAACCGGUGUUUAACUGACAUGGGAAACAAAGAAACUGAGCCGGGCCUUUUCAACUGCAAAGAGGCCAUGCAGAAAAGGAUGGGCAUAUACUGGGAUUUCACUCAGGGUAAAGAACUGAAGAACAGACAGACGAAGCGAUGCCUGGAAAUCCACAAUAGUAAACUUCUAAUACAGGAAUGUACUGGUCAAAAAUGGGAAAUCCAAAAUGUAAUCAAAGACUUUUAAAAUGCGAAUGUGUCAGACAAACAAAUGCUCAGAGGUCUGUGAUUGAUGACCAAUGUACCUUUAAAAUUUCAGGUCAGUAAAAUCUAACUAUUACUCUGAAACUGAAUUCCAGAUUAAUGUAAAAUUACCUGAAAAUACACAAGACUGAUAUUGGUUUCAACUUAAUGCGUGGAUGAGAAGGCUUAUAUACAGUGAGUUGUAACCUCACCACUAGAUGUCACUAAAUCUUACAUGAUGCACCUUCAAUGCUUUAACCUCCUAAGACCCAGCUAUGGGUUUUCUGUCCACAUUUGUGGACAAGAGUUUCACAACUUUAUAUAAAUUU